CGACGCCAAAUGCGAAUUGGCAUCGGCAUCGCGACGCUAAAAGUUGAAUCAAAUAGUUUGGUAUUUCUUUUUACGUGACUACGGCGCGAGCGAUCUUAUACGAUCAUGGGUUUUGGGUUCAUUAUUUUGUGUUACAUUAGCGUGAAGCGCUUAUACCGAAAAAGUUAGGGAAAAUGUGUGCAUAUUCGGUGAUGAAAUUGUGUGCUUCUAAAUUUAAAUACAUGCGAGAGGAAAUAAUGGAGAAUUUGGUCCAAACCCGCACUCACGUCCGCAUCAGUUCGACGAUGGACUUUAAAUCGCGAGUGAGGAAUUGGUGGAAGCGGCUCCGACUGAAAAAUGCCCUCCAACACAUCGGACUGCUGGUCACGCUCAUGGCCUACACUUUGGCGGGAGGUCUGGUUUUUCGUCGUUUUGAAUAUCCUGCUGAACUAUCAAGAAUCAGGUACUUCAACGCCAGUCUGUCAGAAAAGCGUCAAUACUUGAUAGAUUUCAUCACGAAUGGAACAGACGAGUCGAAAUCAGACUAUUUGAUUUCCAAUGAACUCGUGGAAUAUGAGAAACUGCUCCAGGAAAGCUUCAAGGCAGGAAUUCCAAGAUUUCCCGAUGAGGGAGAUUUAGAGAAAUGGACCACCCUAAAGGCAGUUUUUUUCUCAUCUACUGUACUCACAACCAUAGGUUAUGGGCACAUAGUUCCGAUGACCACCGAAGGACGAGCCUUUUGCAUUCUUUUUGCUUUCAUCGGCAUUCCUUUGACGUUGACUGUGAUCGCAGAUUGGGGACGGCUUUUUGCUACGACCGUUUCCAGCGUGUACCACCAUAUCCCGCCUCUUCCAGCCAGAUUCAGGGGCGCAAUGGAGGCCAGAAGAACAUCUUCUUUCGCCCUUUGGGCGGUCUGCUUCCUGUUCAUAUACCUGGCUGCUGGCGCAGGACUUUUCGUCAUUUGGGAGGAGGACUGGACGUUUUUCGAAGGAUUUUACUUCUGCUUCGUCACCAUGACCACCAUAGGCUUCGGAGAUUUAGUGCCAAAACAGCCGAAAUACAUGCUCCUUUGCACCCUGUACAUCCUGGUCGGUCUAGCUUUGACCUCGACCAUAAUCGAGCUACUGCGCAGACAGUACGCGCAGUCAUGGCGUCAGCUGCAGGCGCUCAGUGGCCCUCUAGCGGAAAACUUCAGGAAGUUCGCCGAAAACGCGCCGAACCUGGAUGUUCUAGCGUUCCAGCAGGACCUCAUGAAAGUUUUGACUGUGGUAACCAUGUCAAAACGGACAUCUGGCAAAAAAGAGAAGAAGAUGAAGCGGAAAGAGUGGGAGGAGGCAAUUGAGGCAGCGAUAAGAGAUCUGACAGCCAGCGCCACUGAACAUAAGCCUCAAGUGUUGCAAAUUGUGAUUUACGAAAGUUCCGUAUGAGUAGAAAGAUCUCGUUCCCAGCCAACACAUCUCAUGACAUCUCUGAGAUGUCGCGUUUAGGUAACAGUGCGAUAUAUCACAAACGUUCCAUCGCUGCGAUGUUCAUAAGCAAACACAUCUGCGAUAUGACAUCUCUGAGAUGUCGCGAUUAGGCAACACUGCGGUAUUACGAAUGUUUCAUCGCUGCUAUGUACCGGGUGAACGGCUAUCGGCCAUAUCUCAGCAAAGAAUAAUGAUACAAGUUUGAGAUAGAAUAAAUCUGAUAGUAUGCAUAUAAUUACACGAUGUAAUAGAGAAACUAAAUCUCAACAAACCAACGAAAACCGCAAGAUAUCAACUAUCAAAGUUGGAAGAAUGAUAGAUAUGACAGCCGUUCUUAGUUGUCCACCCUGUACAAGGUGCGCCUCUUCAAAUGGAAUUCCCCCUUAAUUCUUUCGUUUUCAGAGAUAUGGAAAAAUGUUUAAUGAAAAAGUUUUGUCAAACUACCUAAACUUUUAUUUCGUGAAGUUGUUUCAUAUACAGGGUCAUUCGUUUCUCCAGAA